CUGCUUGAACCUUGAACCAUGAACACAUGAGCAACGUAAGACAAACAACGACGAGAAAGGUUCCGCACAAAACAAAAAAAACUGGGCUUGAUUGUGUGAAUUGUGUCAUUCCGGGAUCCGGGAUUAUUCUCUGUAUAAUAAUAAAUGUACAUAUACUUGUCCCGAAACUCUGCCGAAAGUCUCUUUAUAAAAACGCAGGACACAAUACUUUUUCGUAUUUUUUUUUGUAAUUGAUAAAAGUAAAAUGUGUCAUUUCUAAAUUAAAACAUCGACUAUCAUCGAUUAUCAAAAAGAUAAAUGUCAAUGACAGUGCAGCAAACUUUUACCUGAACUGAUAUGAACAAAAUAAAAAUGGGUCGACCAGCUCGGGUUUCAACAGAAGAAGCGAUUCGAGUAGUGGAGAAAUAUAUUGAACAUUUUAAAACUAAUGAAAUGCCGCCAAGUGGGUCACCUGUGUGGCGCCAAAUGAGUAAAGAUUUGGACAAAAGGUGGCUACCUCACAGUGUGUACACAUCGGUCCGUGAAAAUAAGAAAGGAAUUUUAUCGAGUGCACGACUAAGACAAGGGAUAACCGUCCCGGUACCUGUUAAGACAAGAAACACCCCUCAUGUAAGGACUUAUUCGUCAGAGGAGGAAGUCGAGGAAGAUCCUACAGAAAAUCGAGUAACUGCUCCUUCCGAGUCUCUGAUGUCCUGGUACUUUCUCAGUUUGGAUGGUGAAAUAUGGAAUGAAGUAAAGCCGAAAAAUUUGUUCGAGUUCAGCCUAAAGUUGGAUAAGUAUGAACUUAGGGUUCCAACUGAGUGGACGGAUGCUAUUUUCGAUGCUUUUUUUGAGGCCUUCCACUUUCCUUGUGUUUACAUGCUGAAACACGUAAAAGUGUACAAUUCCCAGAACAGCCUGCAUUACAUGCACAUAUACGCUGAAUGUAAAAGUCAAAAAUGUUCAAAUCGAUUCAUGGGGUAUGUCGAAGACGAGCCCUGGGCCGGUGAAGCCCUCGAAAUUAACAUCAAAACUUGGGACACCUCUCUCGACGAACAUGAAAAUGUGCGUCGUCCAGUAAGGGCCAUAAAAAAACGAGUCCUCGACGACGACGAGGGAACGAACGAUCGAAAAAGAAGACCAGGCGAAAAACACGGGAUUGAUAUUGAAACUGAAGAAGUGAGGAUUCUCAAACGUCUGAUGGAAAUGUACCGUCACGAUGAGUCAAUCCGAGGCAUUGGAUUGGUACCUUCUCACUACACAUAUUACACGCCGCCUGAACAAAUCCAAGCCUAUAAUCAAUAUUGUCAACAAGAAUCGAGUUCGAUUAAGAUCGACGUGAGAAAAGGAUUUGUGAAGAGAAUCAAUCGAGCCCAUAAUUUGAAGUCAGGCGAUAUUUAUUUAAUAUCGAUGCUUUUCAACUACAAAGGACGAAUUUUUCCGGCUUACCAAAUGACAUCGGAGACUAGAGAUUAUCUGUCAAUCUGGAACUGGCUCGAGGCAUGGAUGGCCAAAGGUGCGAUUAGACCAAAAGAAGCCGUUUCGAAUUAUUGUCGCGUUUUUUUAGCUGCCAUGUGUAAGGCGUUCAAUGGCUUUUCUCUGGAACAAUACAUAAGCUCUGAAUUGGCAUCCGUUUCCAGCAACGAAUCGUCGGAUGACGAAUGGCGAAUGAGCCCGCCGAGAACACGCAUCCGGGUGGAUACAAAGGACCUUCUGCAUGUCGUCAGUCAGUGGAGAUGUUUCGAGAACGUUUAUCAUCCAUGCAUUCGUAGAUUUUACGUUCAAUGUGUCGAUCUGCUGAUCCGUGCUCAAUCGUUCAUCGAGUUUUCAGAGCUACUGUUUUUCAUUAUCGUCACAGCCGUGAGCAUGUACGAAGACGACUUACUGGAAGCUAAUAAAUUGACGCCAAAAGUGAUACGCAAGCGAUUGGAUGCCGUUAUCGCUUCUCACAAACACCACAUUGAAAUAGCCCCUUACAACAGACAAAAUGAUCGCGAAAAGGAGCAACCUGUUUUGGAAAAUUAUCUCAUCCAUGAGAGUGAACUGACGCCUGUUACCAUGUGGAUCGAUGAAAUUGUCAAAGAAGCAAAGUUAUUGAAAAAACAAGGCUCUCAGGUAAAUGCUUUUUAUGUGCCUCAAUUCGCAGACCAAUUGAUCGCAUUAGCACUCGAUUUUCCUCUGUGGACCUCCUUCGCUCGACUGACUCAACGAACAACAACUUGGGAACUUGACGAAUACUUCAAAGAUUGGGAGCCUCGUUUAUUCGCGGAAAUUCCAUCCCUCGAUCAAUUCCCGAUCAGAGCAGAUCGCUUCGUGAAAGCACAUCUUCAGGAAAUCAAUGAAUCUGUAAAAAGCCUCAGAUCGUUGAUGGAGAACUCUGAGACUGAACGAAUCAGUACCGAUGGAAUGCUGAAAUUCAAGUAUUCGGGUAACAACGUUGAAGUCACUGUGCUCCAUGAAAAAGACACCAGUUCUCUUACGGAAUAUCUCGAUUUAGACAAAAAUGGUACUCCCGAAAAUGAUCUAAUCGUUGACCCAGUAGAAUUUCCUCCCACGGAGCCUAAAUCAGGCGAGAAUUCACCCGCCAAAGCUCCCCCCGUGGAUAACAUGUUUUCUACAUAUGUUGUGGAAACUGGUGAACUCGACAUUUCUCAUCAAAAGAAUAUCAGCUUGAAUUUUUCCGAAGUCUGAUGUACAGAGCCAGCAAAAAUACCAAGCAAAUGAGCUCAAUAUAGAAGUUUUCUUUUGACGCAGUUAAAAAAAGUAUUGAGGGAAGCCAAAUAACAAAGGGAAAUCUCAAAACAUCAAUACGUCGAAAAUUCGGUUAUUGAAUAAACCAAAAUCAUUUUUUUUCCUCCCUUUUAUUAAGGAACGACAUCGAUGAAGUGCGGACAAGUUUUAAAAGACCCAAUUAUUUUAUCGACCCAUUACUUUUAGUUUGUAUUUGCUGUUUAUCACCAGGGAUUAGCGUUUUUUCUCGCUUUUUCAAGGUCUGGUUACAAUUGUAAAUUUCUUAACAGACAUUUAUCUCCCAAGUUUUUUUUAUCCUUCAAUUAUGCUAACAGUUACGUACAUUUACGUUUUCCAGUGAGUAUUGGACUAAAUUCAAUUUGCUCAUUCUCGAACGAGUGAUGGAACGGCAAGCAGUUUCAAUAAAAACACGAAAUGAUGCAGAGACUCUAA